AUGCGGGCCGGCCCGGUGCGCUCGGCCAUGAGCGGCCCCGCGCAGCCCCGCGGCCGGGUCCUGCUGCUCCCGGCGGCCCGGGGAGCCCCGACCAAGCGCCUGCUGGAGGCGGACGACGUGGCGGCCAAGUGCCCGCGCCUGUCUGAGUACUCGAGCCCCCCGGACUACCUCAGCCCCCCAGGCUCGCCCUGCAGUCCGCAGCCCCUGCCUGCCGCACCGGGGGCCGGCGGGGCCUCGGGGAGCGCGCCGGGGCCCAGCCGCAUCGCCGACUACCUGCUGCUGCCCCUGGCCGAGCGCGAGCAUGUGUCCCGGGCUCUGUGCAUCCACACGGGGCGCGAGCUCCGCUGCAAGGUGUUCCCCAUCAAACACUACCAGGACAAGAUCGGGCCUUACAUCCAGCUGCCGUCACACAGGAACAUCACCGGCAUCGUGGAGGUGAUCCUUGGGGAUACCAAAGCCUACGUUUUCUUCGAGAAGGACUUUGGGGACAUGCACUCCUACGUUCGAAGCAGGAAGAGGCUGCAGGAAGAGGAGGCCGCCCGGCUCUUCAAGCAGAUCGUCUCUGCCGUCGCCCACUGCCACCAGUCGGCCAUCGUGCUGGGGGACCUGAAGCUUAGGAAGUUCGUCUUCUCCACGGAGGACAGAACCCAGCUCAGACUGGAAAGCCUCGAAGACACACACAUAAUCAAGGGGGAAGAUGACACCCUUUCAGACAAGCAUGGCUGCCCAGCCUACGUGAGCCCCGAGAUCCUGAACACAACUGGGACUUACUCUGGAAAGGCGGCGGAUGUCUGGAGCUUAGGAGUGAUGCUCUACACCCUUCUGGUGGGACGGUACCCCUUCCAUGACUCAGACCCCAGUGCCCUCUUCUCCAAAAUCCGCCGUGGACAGUUCUGCAUCCCCGACCACGUCUCCCCCAAAGCCAGGUGCCUCAUCCGCAGCCUCCUGAGACGAGAGCCUUCGGAGAGGCUCACUGCCCCCGAGAUCCUACUCCACCCCUGGUUUGUGUCCGCCUUGGAGCCUGGCUACGGUGACUCGGAACUGGGGACUGCAGACCAGAUGGUCCCUGAGUACCAGGAGGACAGCGACAUUAGUUCCUUCUUCUGCUGA